GAGAGGUCUUCGUAGGCACGAUAAGAGGAACGUCUGCCAUACGUGCACACACACACAUCUCCUAUUCUUGUCAUGCAUGCGUGUGACACGGGCUGAACGAGAGGGCACAGGUCAUACCUGACUGCUGCCACUCUGGAACCGAAUCCUCCUUUUCCUCUGCAACACUCGAUCCGGAGCCGCCGACCCGACCACCUCUGCCAGAACUCGCCUCUCGAGAUCACACCCCUGAUAGUCUUUUCGCAUAUCUCCAGAUAGAUUAAUUCUUCUGAAAAAGAUGGGCUCGACAGUCUCUACAGCAAAGACCCUCAUCGUCCCGGCGAUAACAGCCCUGCUUGUCUUCCUCCUCGCGACCUAUAUCCUCCUGCCCCUCUGGCAGCGCUAUCGGUCCAGCCGGUACGGCGCGUAUCUGCCGCUCGAGUCCAUCUCCUCGGGGACGAUAUCGCUGCGGUACCGAGUACAAAACGCCAUCACGCGGUGGAUCGUGCCCUCGACAUGGCGCGAGAGGAUACAGGACCGGCUGGUGGUAGCUGUUGGCACGGGGUCGGACAACGGAUACAACUCUGACGAGGGCGAGGAGCUGGACGAGGUGCCCGAGGACGAAGACAUGCGCGCACGGCUGGAGAGGGAGGCAAGGCGGAGCAGGAGUAGCGGGCGGCCGGAUCUGGAGAGGAGACUAAGCAGAGACUUAGAAGAGGGCUUCAGGGAUGACAGCGAUGAUGAGGCGGAAUCUCCGGCCCGAACGAGGUAGACGUUUCUUUGGACACUUCUGGUAGUGCUGGUUUUAGGUUGGACAGACUAUAAUACAAAACAAAACUUGAUUGUA